UUCCCCGCUGCCGCCGCCGCCCCCGCCGGGCGCAUCCCAGCGGAGUCUGUCGGAACUCGGGGCGGCGGCGUUCGCCGCCGGCCAUGGCCGUGCCCGCCGCGCUGCUCAGCCCCCACCACCUGCUCUCCUUCUGCUUCCCCGCCGCCGGCGGGCUCCUGGGCUAUGCCGACCUGGAGAAGGGCUACGAGGGCGGCGGCGGCGACGCGGGGGACUUUAGAGAAGCCACCCGGGACCUGCUGAGCUUCAUCGACUCGGCUUCCAGCAACAUCAAGCUGGCGCUGGACCGGCCGGUGAAGUCCCGGCGGAAGGUGAACCAUAGGAAGUACCUGCAGAAGCAGAUCAAGCGCUGCACCGGCAUCAUCGCGGCCGCCGCCCCCGCGCCCGCCGCCUGCCCCGCCCGGCCCCCGCCGCGCCGGGAGCCCGCGCAGGCGGCGGGCAGCAGCCUGCAGAGCCGGAGCCUGGCCGCGCUCUUCGGCUCCCUGCAGCGGGGCCGGGGCGCGCCGGGCGGCGCCGAGCCGAGGGCGGGCGGCGGCGGCGCGGAGAAGGCGGCGGGCGGCCCGCGGAAGGUGCCGCUGCGGGACCGCAACCUGCCGCCCUCCUUCUUCACCGAGCCCGCGCUGCCCGCGCCCGCCGCCCGCGGGCCGCCCGCCAAGGAGCCGGAGAAGGGCGCGGAGGCCGCCGAGUUCUUCGAGCUGCUGUGCCCCGAGUACGGCGCGCUGCUGCCCGAGCACGCCGCCCCGCCCGACGCCUUCGGCGGCCGCCUGCCCGCCGAGCUGGGGCCGGAGCACGGGCUGUACGAGCUGCCGCUGCCCGCCGGGCCGCACCCGCUGCUGGGCGGGCUGCUGUACCCCGAGCCGCCCUGGAGCCCGGCCGCGCCCUGCAGCCCGCCCCGGAAGGCUCCGGCCGAGCCGCUGCGCCCGCUCUACCCCGGCGGCGCCGAGCCCGCGGCCGGCGGCGGCAGCGAGGAGCCCGGCGGGCACCUGCCCGCGGGCUUCGCCCCCUUCUUCCCCGAGUGCCCGCUGCCCGCGCCGCAGCCGCCCUACGAGUACGGCGGGUACCCCCGCGGGGGAUACCCCGCGCUGUAGGGCGGCCCGGACGGCAGGCGGGGAGCGGAGCCCGGAGCCCCGCGGGGCGGGCGGACCUGGGGCAGCGCGGGGCCCCCGCUCCCCGCUGCGUGUGAGA